AUGAAACGAGCUCUGAAAACAAGGAUAGCAGAACACAGGGGUAAUAUCAGGACGCUUGACCAGAGAAACCCUGUGGCUGUGCAUUUAAUGGAGGCUCGUCACAAUAUUAGCUCUCUGAGAUACAUUGGUAUCAAACAUGUUAAGACUCCUAGGAGGGGGGAGAUACUGCUCAUCUAUUAUUGAGAAGAGAAUUGUAUUCGUGCACCAUGUCUCCUAAAGGUCUGACCCAAGAGUUUAUCAGACCAUUUCUUACAUGAAUAUGUCACUUUGAUUUGUCUUGACUUCCAGGUCUCCUACUUGGUCAUUUUGUACAUAUACUGUGUAUAUAUAUAUAUUAGAUUCUGUAACCACUACAUGUGCCCAUCUCACUGAUAUCAAAUUAAUAGCGAUGAACAAAUUGUUUUUGAAUGAUAUCUACGGCCACCGUACCUCCUGGCGUAAUGGUCAUAUGGGCCAGUAUUCCAACAGUUUCCAACAUCAUCUUUUACUGUUGCCUAGGUUUUAACUUGAACCCAUUUGUAUGUAUAUAAUCCAUUGACCAUAUGUACCUCUGUGAUUAAUUAUGAUUGUGCACAAAAGUGAAUUGAAUUGUUUCCACGCCCACCAUGCGUAAUGGUCAUGUAGUCCGGUGUAGCUCAGUUGGUAGAGCAUGGCGCUUGCAACGCCAGGGUUGUGGGUUCGUUUCCCACGGGAGGCCAGUAUGAAGAAGAAAAAAUAUAUAUGUGUGUGUACUGUGAGGGGGAAAAAAUAUUUGAUUCCCUGCUGAUUUUGUACGUUUGCCCACUGACAAAGAAAUGAUCAGUCUACCAUUUUAAUCGUAGGUUUAUUUGAACAGUGAGCGACAGAAUAACAACAAAAAAAUCCAGAAAAACGCAUGUCAAAAAUGUUAUAAAUUGAUUUGAAUUUUAAUGAGGGAAAUGAGUAUUUGACCCCUCUGCAAAACAUGACUUAGUACUUGGUGGCAAAACCCUUGUUGGCAAUCACAGAGGUCAGACGUUUCUUGUAGUUGGCCACCAGGUUUGCACACAUCUCAGGAGGGAUUUUGUCCCACUCCUCUUUGCAGAUCUUCUCCAAGUCGUUAAGGUUUCGAGGCUGACGUUUGGCCACUCGAACCUUCAGCUCCCUCCACAGAUUUUCUAUGGGAUUAAGGUCUGGAGACUGGCUAGGCCACUCCAGGACCUUAAUGUGCUUCUUCUUGAGCCACUCCUUUGUUUCCUUGGCCAUGUGUUUUGGGUCAUUGUCAUGCUGGAAUACCCAUCCACGACCCAUUUUCAAUGCCCUGGCUGAGGGAAGGAGGUUCUCACCCAAGAUUUGACGGUACAUGGCCCCGUCCAUCGUCCCUUUUGAUGCGGUGAAGUUGUCCUGUCCCCUUAGCAGAAAAACACCCCCAAAGCAUAAUGUUUCCACCUCUAUGUUUGACGGUGGGGAUGGUGUUCUUGGGGUCAUAGGCAGCAUUCCUCCUCCAAACACAGCGAGUUGAGUUGAUGCCAAAGAGCUCCAUUUUGGUCUCAUCUGACCACAACACUUUCACCCAGUUCUCCUCUGAAUCAUUCAAAUGUUCAUUGGCAAACUUCAGAUGGGCAUGUAUAUGUGCUUUCUUGAGCAGGGGGACCUUGCGGGCGCUGCAGGAUUUCAGUCCUUCACGGCGUAGUGUGUUACCAAUUGUUUUCUUGGUGACUAUGGUCCCAGCUGCCUUGAGAUCAUUGACAAGAUCCUCCCGUGUAGUUCUCAUGAUCAUUGCAACUCCACGAGGUGAGAUCUUGCAUGGAGCCCCAGGCCGAGGGAGAUGGACAGUUAUUUUGUGUUUCUUCCAUUUGCUAAUAAUCGCACCAACUGUUGUCACCUUCUCACCAAGCUGCUUGGCGAUGGUCUUGUAGCCCAUUCCAGCCUUGUGUAGGUCUACAAUCUUGUCCCUGACAUCCUUGGAGAGCUCUUUGGUCUUGGCCAUGGUGGAGAGUUUGGAAUCUGAUUGAUUGCUUCUGUGGACAGGUGUCUUUUAUACAGGUAACAAACUGAGAUUAGGAGCACUCCCUUUAAGAGUGUGCUCCUAAUCUUAGCUCGUUACCUGUAUAAAAGACACCUGGGAGCCAGAAAUCUUUCUGAUUGAGAGGGGGUCAAAUACUUAUUUCCCUCAUUAAAAUGCAAAUCAAUUUCUAACAUUUUUGACAUGUGUUUUUCUGGAUUUUGUUGUUGUUGUGUCUCACACUGUUCAAAUAAACCUACCAUUAAAAUUAUAGACUGAUCAUUUCUUUGUCAGUGGGCAAAUUUACAUAAUCAGCAGGGGAUCAAAUACCUUUUUCCCUCACUGUAGGUAUGCACUCACUAACUGUAAGUCGCUCUGGAUAAGAGCGUCUGCUAAAUUACUAAAAUGUCAAAUGUAAAUGUGAGGUGAAAUGUGUAUAUUUUGGGAAGUGAGCACUCCAUUUGUUUGCCCUGACGAAGAUCUUUUAUUUCAGCUCAAGAAACAUGGGAACAACUCUUUACAUGUUGCGUUUUAUAUAUUUUUUCAAUAUACUUUAACACCUGAUGCUUCCCUUCUGAAUGGUUGUUAGAGUUAGGCUGAGGAAAAUCGGAAGUAGAGCCAGUCAUUUGAUUGACGGGUGCCAUUGUCAUGGUUACCGUACAGUGACCUGUAUCUCUCUUCCAAAAUAGAUUUGAUCUCAAUUGAGAAUAACCUGUAUAAAUAAAGGUUAAGGAAACCUGUCGUUUGAUUGACACUUGUGUGCUGUUGUCAUCGUUACAACAGCCACCUGUUUUGAUUGACAUUUGGCUGAGUGUGGUUGUCGUGGUUACUUCCAGUACAUCAACGGGGGUAACCUGGAGCAGCUGCUGGACAGUGACCGGUACCUGUCGUGGUCAGUCAGGAUGGGCCUGUCUCUAGACAUCGCUAGGGGCCUGCAGUACCUCCACACCAAAGGCAUCUUCCAUAGAGACCUCACCUCCAAGGUAGGAAGCAAUCAUACACUGCUCAAAAAAAUUAAGGGAACACUUAAACAACACAAUGUAACUCCCAGUCAAUCACACUUCUGUGAAAUCAAACUGUCCACUUAGGAAGCAGCACUGAUUGACAAUAAAUGUCACAUGCUGUUGUGCAAAUGGAAUAGACAACAGGUGAAAAUUAUAGGCAAUUAGCAAGACACCCCCAAUAAAGGACUGGUUUUGCAGGUGGUGACCACAGACCACAUCUCAGUUCCUAUGCUUCCUGGCUGAUGUUUUGGUCACUUUUGAAUGCUGGCGGUGCUUUCACUCUAGUGGUAGCAUGAGACGGAGUCUACAACCCACACAAGUGGCUCAGGUAGUGCAGCUCAUCCAGGAUGGCACAUCAAUGCGAGCUGUGGCAAGAAGGUUUGCUGUGUCUGUCAGCGUAGUGUCCAGAGCAUGGAGGCGCUACCAGGAGACAGGCCAGUACAUCAGGAGACGUGGAGGAGGCCGUAGGAGGGCAACAACCCAGCAGCAGGACUGCUACCUCCGCCUUUGUGCAAGGAGGAGCAGGAGGAGCACUGCCAGAGCCCUGCAAAAUGACCUCCAGCAGGCCACAAAUGUGCAUGUGUCUGCUCAAACGGUCAGAAACAGACUCCAUGAGGGUGGUAUGAUGGCCCGACGUCCACAGGUGGGGGUUGUGCUUACAGCCCAACACCGUGCAGGACGUUUGGCAUUUGCCAGAGAACACCAAGAUUGGCAAAUUCGCCACUGGCGCCCUGUGCUCUUCACAGAUGAAAGCAGGUUCACACUGAGCACGUGACAGACGUGACAGAGUCUGGAGACACCGUGGAGAACGUUCUGCUGCCUGCAACAUCCUCCAGCAUGACCGGUUUGGCGGUGGGUCAGUCAUGGUGUGGGGUGGCAUUUCUUUGGGGGGUCACACAGCCCUCCAUGUGCUCGCCAGAGGUAGCCUGACUGCCAUUAGGUACCGAGAUGAGAUCCUCAGACCCCUUGUGAGACCAUAUGCUGGUGCGGUUGGCCCUGGGUUCCUCCUAAUGCAAGACAAUGCUAGACCUCAUGUGGCUGGAGUGUGUCAGCAGUUCCUGCAAGAGGAAGGCAUUGAUGCUAUGGACUGGCCUGCCCGUUCCCCAGACCUGAAUCCAAUUGAGCACAUCUGGGACAUCAUGUCUCGCUCCAUGCUUUAGUCCAGGUCUGGGAGGAGAUCCCUCAGGAGACCAUCCGCCACCUCAUCAGGAGCAUGCCCAGGCGUUGUAGGGAGGUCAUACAGGCACGUGGAGGCCACACACACUACUGAGCCUCAUUUUGACUUGUUUUAAGGACAUUACAUCAAAGUUGGAUCAGCCUGUAGUGUGGUUUUCCACUUUAAUUUUGAGGGUGACUCCAAAUCCAGACCUCCAUGGGUUGAUAAAUUUGAUUUCCAUUGAUAAUUUUUGUGUGAUUUUGUUGUCAGCACAUUCAACUAUGUAAAGAAACAAGUAUUUAAUAAGAUUAUUUCAUUCAAUCAGAUCUAGGAUGUGUUAUUUUAGUGUUCCCUUUAUUUUUUUGAGCAGUGUAUAAACACGCACACACGUAGGUACAUUCACUUAUAUGGACACUUGUCUGGUAAUUAUACAUACUUGGGCAUGCACCCACGCCACACGUACAUACACACUCCAUAAAACGCAGUAGUGCAUACUCAAGUACACACAGUUCUCUAUUAUAAUAAAUGGAUUAACCAGGAUCCAUUUUCAAACAGCGUGUCAGAGUAGGAGUGCUGAUCUAGGAUCAUUUUUGCCUUCUGGAUCAUAAUGAAUAAAAUGAUAUGGACAUGAGGGACUUGAUCCUAGAUCAUUCUGAGACGCUUUGUGAAUACGGGCCCUGACCUCCUCCUUCCUGGUUGUCUGUCCUGUAGAACUGCCUGGUGCGUUGGGAGAGCGGCCAGUGUACGGCUGUGGUGGGGGACCUUGGCCUGGCAGAGAAAAUACCAGAGUACAGGUCAGUUGAGUCCAUAUAUCAUCCAUCUAUCAGCAUGCACUGAUUAGAUCACACACUUGAAUGGCUGCGUCCUCUCUCUACCUUCCUCUCUCUCUCUCUCCAUCUCAAUAGCUUGUUAGCUCUCGCCUGCUCUCGCUCGCCCCAUCUCUCUCUCCUCGUUCUCUCUCUCUUCUCGUUCUCUCUCCUCGUUCUCUCUAUCUCCAGCUUGCUAGCUUACUUUUUUACUGCUCUCGGUCUCACUCGGUCUCACUCGCUUUCUCUCACCUCGUUCUCGCUCUCACCCCGUUCUUGCUCUCACCUCGUUCUUGCUCUCACCUCGUUCGCUCGCUCACCUCGUGUUCUCUCUCUCACCUCGUGUUCGCUCGCUCACCUCGUGUUCGCUCGCUCACCUCGUGUUCGCUCUCUCACCUCGUUCUCUCUCUCACCUCGUUCUCUCUCACCUUGUUCUCUCUCUCUGAGACAGUCAGCCAGUGUUUUAUGUUAAUGUAAGCUCUAGUGUUGUUGUGUUUCCAUCAGGAGUACUGUAGACACAGCUCUACAGUAGGAUCAGUUUCCUCUUCCCCAAUCCUAACCAUUCCAUGCCUUGCAAAAUUAUUCAUCCCCCUUGGCGUUUUUCCUAUUUUGUUGCAUUACAACCUAUAAUUUAAAUUGAUUUUUAUUUGGAUUUCAUGUAAUGGACACACAAAAUAGUCCAAAUUGGUGAAGUGAAAUGAAAGAAAUUAUGGAAAAGUGGUGCGUGCAUAUGUAUUCAUCCCCUUUGCUAUGAAGCCCCUAAAUAAGAUCUGGUGCAACCAAUUACCUUCAGAAGUCACAUAAUUAGUUAAAUAAAGUCCACCUGUGUGCAGUCUAAGUGUCACAUGAUCUCAGUAUAUAUACACCUGUUCUGAAAGGCCCCAUAGUCUGCAACACCACUAAGCAAGGGGCACCACCAAGCAAGCGGCACCAUGAAGAACAAGGAGUUCUCCAAACAGGUCAGGGACAUAGUUGUGGAGAAGUACAGAUCAGGGUUGGGUUAUAAAAAAAUAUCUGAAACUUAGAAAAUCCCACGGCGCACCAUUUUUAAAUCCAUUAUUAAAAAAUUUAAAGAAUAUGGCACCACAACAAACCUGCCAAGAGAGGGCCGCCCACCAAAACUCACGGACCAGGCAAGGAGGGCAUUAAUCAGAGAGGCAACAAAGAGACCAAAGAUAACCCUGAAGGAGCUGCAAAGCUCCACAGUGGAGAUUGGAGUAUCUGUCCAUAGGACCACUUUAAGCCGUACAGUCCACAGAGCUGGGCUUUACGGAAGAGUGGCCAGAAAAAAGCCAUUACUUAAAGAAAAAAAUAAGCAAACACGUUUGGUGUUCGCCAAAAGGCAUGUGGGAGACUCCCCAAACAUAUGGAAGAAGGUACUCUGGUCAGAUGAGACUAAAAUUGAGCUUUUUGGCCAUCAAAGAAAACGUUAUGCCAACACCUCUCAUCACCCAGAGAACACCAUACCCACAGUGAAGCAUGGUGGUGGCAGCAUCAUGCUGUGGGGAUGUUUUUCAUCGGCAGGGACUGGGAAACUGGUCGGAAUUGAAGGAAUGAUGGAUGGUGCUAAAUACAGGGAAAUUCUUGAGGGAAACCUGUUUCAGUCUUCCAGAGAUUUGAGACUGGGACGGAGGUUCACCUUCCAGCAGGACAAUGACCCUAAGCAUACUACUAAAGCAACACUCGAGUGGUUUAAGGGGAAACAUUUAUAUGUCUUGGAAUGGCCUAGUAGUCAAAGCCCAGACCUCAAUCCAAUUGAGAAUCUGUGGUAUGACUUAAAGAUUGCUGUACACUAGCGGAACCCACCCCCCCCCAAAAUCAAUUUUAAUUCCAGGUUGUAAGGCAACAAAAUAGGAGAAAUGCCAAGGUGGGUGAAUACUUACGCAAGCCACUGUAUGUGUACAGAAAAAAAACACAACACUGACCUUAGAUCAGUGUCUUAGGAGGCCUAAUCACACUAAAGCACAGUCCGUUUUUUUCUAAAGAAUGCGAGACACUCUUUCACCUGAAGAAGUUACGCUUUACCCGCUAUGUCAAACUGUGUGAUUAAGCCCCUGUUUCAGGGGAGAAGGAAUGGGGAGGGCGGAAGUUUUGGAGUGUCGUUCGUUCACACCCCCACCCAACCCCAGUUUAUUAAUGAUGCUGACAUUUACACCUCAUAUUUUAUUCAUCGCUUCAGCCUGCGUUGAACACAGAUCACCAGCACGUGUGUGUUUUAAUCCUAUCAGCUUCUCCUUGAUGACAGGAGUUAUUGUCCUGGUAACUAUGUAGAAAUUGCCCAUACAGUGAGGGGAAAAAAGUAUUUGAUCCCCUGCUGAUUUUGUAUGUUUGCCCACUGACAAAGAAAUUAUCAGUCUAUAAUUUUAAUGGUAGGUUUAUUUGAACAGUGAGAGACAGAAUAACAACAAACAAAUCCAGAAAAAUGCAUGUCAAAAAUGUUAUAAAUUGAUUUGCUUUUUAAUGAGGGAAAUAAGUAUUUGACCCCCUCUCAAUCAGAAAGAUUUCUGGCUCCCAUGUGUCUUUUAUACAGGUAAUGAUCUGAGAUUAGGAGCACACUCUUAAAGGGAGUGCUCCUAAUCUCAGUUUGUUACCUGUAUAAAAGACACCGGUCCACAGAAGCAAUCAAUCAAUCAGAUUCCAAACUCUCCACCAUGGCCAAGACCAAAGGUAACACACUACGCCGUGAAGGACUGAAAUUCUGCUGCGCCCACAAGGUCCCCCUGCUCAAGAAAGCACAUAUACAUGCCCGUCUGAAGUUUGCCAAUGAACAUCUGAAUGAUUCAGAGGAGAACUGGGUGAAAGUGUUGUGGUCAGAUGAGACCAAAAUGGAGCUCUUUGGCAUCAACUCGCCGUGUUUGGAGGAGGAGGAAUGCUGCCUAUGACCCCAAGAACACCAUCCCCACCAUCAAACAUGGAGGUGGAAACAUUAUGCUUUGGGGGUGUUUUUCUGCUAAGGGGACAGGACAAUUUCACCGCAUCAAAGGGACGAUGGACGGGGCCAUGUACCAUCAAAUCUUGGGUGAGAACCUCCUUCCCUCAGCCAGGGCAUUGAAAAUGGGUCGUGGAUGGGUAUUCCAGCAUGACAAUGACCCAAAACACAUGGCCAAGGCAACAAAGGAGUGGCUCAAGAAGAAGCACAUUAAGGUCCUGGAGUGGCCUAGCCAGUCUCCAGACCUUAAUCCCAUAGAAAAUAUGUGGAGGGAGCUGAAGGUUCGAGUGGCCAAACGUCAGCCUCGAAACCUUAAUGACUUGGAGAAGAUGUGCAAAGAGGAGUGGGACAAAAUCCCUCCUGAGAUAUGUGCAAACCUGGUGGCCAACUACAAGAAACGUCUGACCUCUGUGAUUGCCAACAAGGGUUUUGCCACCAAGUACUAAGUCAUGUUUUGCAGAGGGGUCAAAUACUUAUUUCCCUCAUUUUUUUGUUGUUAUUCUGUCUCUCACUGUUCAAAUAAAACUACCAUUAAAAUGUAUAGACUGAUCAUGUCUUUGUCAGUGGGCAAACGUACAAAAUCAGCAGGGGAUCAAAUACUUUUUUCCCUCACUGUAGCUCAUAUUAGGUACAGGUCCAGGAUCAGCUUACCCACCCUAAAUCCUAAACUGAACUAUUAGGGCCAAGACACGAAACUGACCUUGGAUAAAACACUCUUACCCUCCUGGCCUCUUUACCGUGAUAAAUUGGUCUGUAUCCUGUGUCUGACUGGAGGCAGCUGUUGCGUUAACCAGACCGUGUGUGUGUGUGUACCGUUUCCGCUCGCACUGUCUACGGUCACCCCAGUGUUUACCUUUGUGUUUUUGCGUAUGUGCAGGCACUUUGUUUUGGUGCCCCACAACAAGUUCUUGUUUAUGUACCGUGCAUGCUUUUAGGUGUGAGUAAAUUGAUUUGACAGUGGAACACGUUAGUAUUUGGCACCAGUGAACAUAAUAUCUGCUGUGUGUUGAUUUAACUUUCUCUAUUGCUGCGUUUAUCAACAUGCAUACACUUGUCAGAGUAUUUUUUUGUGUUGCCUUUAUACAUCUUUUUGUUGUGUGUGUGAGAGCUCUGCCUUUGUUUGUGGGAGAGAGAGAGGGAGCGAAAGUGAGAGAGAGAGAGAGAGAUGAAGGGAGUUUAGGAAAGCUUUCCAAAUAAGGUCAAACUAUUCCAGCACACUCUCUCUCUCUUCUCUUUCUCCCUCUCUACCGCUCUCUCCCUCUAUACCGCUCUCUCCCUCUCUACCGCUCUCGCCGCCUGACUGGCGACUCUCCCUCCCUCCCACCUCCAAGUCCCCAUAUGGUGUUUACACUGGGCGCUAUGAAUGUCUGUCUGCAUUCCACUCCUCUCUUCUCCAUCGCUUGCUCCCUCCUUUCUCUCUCUCUCUCUCAGCCCCCAUCAAUUCCCUUACUAUAGUGAUGGGGGGGGGGGAAUUGUUAGUUACAUUUCGCGAUAUUAUUUUGGGAAGAUAUUAUAUCGAUAUUUUGAGCCCAAUUAUCGAUUUAGUAAAAAUGUGCUACUGUAGGUAGCGUUGGCGCCAUAACUCCGGUAUUUUUCUUCCUAUAGCUUGUUCUCCAUCUUUUUAAAUAGUUUUCUCAUGCUCUCGUCUUUCUGAAGCAGAAAUAUGCAGCGAGCAAUAUGUUUGGAACAUCGAAUCGCACUAUUGAAUCACAAUCCAUAUAGAAUCGUGAAAAUUGAAAUGCAUAUCGCAUCGGCGCCGAAGUAUCGUAAUAAUAUCGCAUCGUGAGGUCCCUGGCAAUUCCCAGCCCUAUCUAUUUAUGCAAUAUCAUGGCCCACAGUGAGAUGGAAAUAGCAGAGAGGAAGUGACUGCCAGCGGGGUGUGUUGGUGUCUUGGUGCGUGUGUUUGUCAUCAGAGCAUGAGCCUUGCAGUGUUGUGUGCCUGCCCCUUUUUGCCUUUAUACACACACACACACACACACACACACACUAGUUUUACCCCAUAUUUACAUUUACCCCGUAUGGUUGUUAAUGAGCUAGAGCGUGAUGAAACUAGCUGCUAGCUCCAGUCUUGUUUGUGUCGGUCUCACCUGCUGACCUCUGUGAGCUGUAGUGCCUGUAAUAAUUGCUCCGGGUCGAUCUUUCCCCUAGGUAGGCUACAGGUCUAGGAUCAGCCCCCCCCGCCACAAUCCUAACCUUAACGUCAUCGCCUGUCAUAAUUCCCAGGCCUGUCUUCCUCUGUCUCUGUCCUCAGGGAGGGGGCAGACCAGCAGCCCUUGGCUGUAGUGGGUUCGCCCUACUGGAUGGCACCAGAAGUGCUGCGAGGAGAGAUCUACAACGAAAAGGUGGACGUAUUUGCAUAUGGCAUCAUCCUGUGUGAGGUCAUUGCUAGGAUACAGGCUGACCCUGACGUCCUCCCACGCACAGAGGUAUGUUCAUCACACUCUACACGCACACACACACAACAUACACACAUGCAACACACACACUAGCUCACACAAUCAGUUUUCCCAAUAUUAUUGUGCAGUGUAGAGACUUUGCUAAAACGUCUCCCUCUUCUGCCCAUUGUAUGUAACUGCAGUGUAAAAAGUUAUUCAGGCAGUAAGUCGCAGUACUUUAAUUGAAGUCUCUGACAGCAUCGUCUCUAUUCUAUUGUGCAAAUGAGUGACUGCGUCUCCCUAGGGCUCUGUUUCACUGAGAGGGAUGUGUGAUGCUCUCUCUGUCUGUCUGUAGGACUUUGGUCUGGACGUCGAGACGUUUCAACACAUGGUGGGAGACUGUCCACCUGCCUUCCUGAGUCUGGCUGUCAGCUGCUGCAACGUAACACACAAAUCCUCUUAUACCUUUUCUCUCUCUCUCCUAUCGUUUCCCCUUAUUCCUUCUCCUGUGACUUUUGAGAAACUGACUCUUUUUUUGUUUUGUUUCUUUCGCUCAUCUAACGCUCUCUCCGUCCAUCUCGCUCUCUCAGAUGGAUCCAAAGCGCCGUCCAUCGUUCUCAGAGAUCGUAGCAGAGUUGCAGAGGAGAGAGACCGAGAGGACGCAGAAAGACGAAGCUGCACUAAAGGGUGUGUGUCUGGGGGGUAAAGAACACAGGGAGGUCUUAGUCAGUGGGGGGUUCUACAAACAGCAGAUGCUAUAUCAGCAUUGUGUAUUCUACAGGCGUCAUUAAAGCUGUCGGAAUUGAGCUGAGGGGGCAGGUUAUAUGGGGUGGUAUCCUGGAGAUAUUCUGCUCUCUAGAGUCAUAUAGAUAGAUGAAUAGAUUAGGGGUGUGCAGGUAGCUUAGUGGUUAAGCGUGUUUAGCCGGUAACCAAAAGGUUGCUGGUUCGAAUCCCGGAGCCGGCAAGGUGGAUAAAAUCUGCCGUUCUCCCCCAACAACUGCUCCCCGGGUAUCGAUGACGUCGAUUAAGGCUGCCCCCUGCACCUUUCUGAUUCAGAGGGUUUGUGUUAAAGAGGAAGACACAUUUCGGUUGAAUGCGUUGUUGUGCAACUGACUAGUUUUCCCCUUUCCCCAGAUAUGUAUACAUGUUUUGUCUCAGCAGAUUGCCAGCAUGUAUUCUUUUUUUUGAAUCUCUCUCUCCCUGUCUCUAGAUCUUGGCUCACUGCGGAGGCGCUUCCUCUGUCUCCCCGGCGACCCUCGCCUCUGCCGCAGCAAAUCAGACAUGCUCCCUCCGGCCGUGCCCCCCACUCUGGCCCCUCCCACCCGUGUCAAUCCCUUCUCCCUGCGAGAGGACCUGAACGGAGGCAAGAUUAAAUUGUUUGACACGCCCAGCAAUUCUGUCAUCUCUUUAACGUUCACCUUACCCAAACGCCCGGACCCCUGUACAGCCCCCUCGCCCUCAGACAGAGAGGGGGGUACGCCCCGAGGAAGGCUCCACAGACGCUGCUUGUCCCUGCCCUGCACCCCCCCUCUAGGUCUCCUGCCCCCCACCACCAAGGACAAUACCACAGAAAAAACGGGGGUAUUGCCAAUGGACUUAGACACUGAGAAUGAUGAGGGGAAUGUAGAGAAUGAGAAAGAGGAGGAGAGGAGAAUCAUGAAAGAGAGGUUUACCUUUGAGUCGAAUGAGUUCGUAGACGAGGAUGUGGAGAGGAGGAAGAGCAGCGAGGGCCUCACGGGCGACGACUCGGGGCUUCCUCUCGAUCCAGAGCUGCUGUCAUUGGACCAGCUGAGCGAGGAACAGGAAGAGGAAACUGACCAGGAAGUGGAACCUAUGGACUGCACCAGCUCCCCUGACACACUAGAUGGCGCUCUCCCUCCACUCUAUUCUCUCCCUACUCUUCCACCUUAUUCCAAACCCUCCCCACCCACCUCCACCACAUUCAACAACGGCUGGGGUAAUAUUCCCCCCAUCUUCAAUGGCCCUCUCUGCCUGCCCCCCCACCCCUCCCCCCACAUGGACAACAACAACAGCACCACGGUGGUCAUUAGUCGGCCUCUGGGAUGGGGGGGCACCAACCGGAACCACUCACCUUCUGGGAGGCCCAUAGGGGACUCGCCCUCGCUGUUCGGGUCCAGUAAUGGUGCCGGUCCUUCUCUGGAGCAGGAGGAGGUGAUCUCGUGUCCCGGUUGCUGCCUGGCGGGUUUCCGGUUCCCCUCUCUGUGUUUCCGCACGCCCCCUCGCCGGAACCCCUUUAAGAACCUGAACGGGAACGGGGACAGUACUGGGGCCACCCGAGGGCUGCUCUAUAAAGGGCCUAAGGGGAUA